AUGUCUGAAAACUCGAGCACGCACACGGACCCACCUCAGCACCCAGAGGAUGCCAGAGUGGAAAUGCUCGACAAAGGCAGCAUAUGCUGGUUACGCGAAUGUUCUGCAAGGCGGCGCCUUCUCACGAGACAGAUGUGUCACUGUGUGGGUACCGCGAGAUGGACCUUGAGUCAGGUGAUGACCGUGUCGGGUCAGGUUGAUACAUCUGUAACGGUAGAAGAGGACGACGCCGACGGCUUCGCCGCGAGGCUGAUGAGGCCCCUUGAUUUGAAAGUUCUGCAACAGAACCGUGCUCGCAGCACCAAAGUCUCUGACAAGCCAAGGGUGGUUGUCUUGGACGUCGAUUUUGUCGUUGGUGAUUUCGUUGUCUGGUCGGAACGCGUCAGAAUUGGUUGGGAGGUAGAAUGGCGUAUCUCAAGCGUAUAAAGUCCGUAAAAUACUUACCGCAUAGAAAUUAGACAUAACAUUACGCAUCAUCGCCAUUUUGAGGCAGAAGCAUCCAGUCUGCAACGUUGAGCUCGUAACUCAUACGGAACUCCAUCACCGCCCUCAAUAAAAGGCAGUAUCGGUAAUAGCCUCAAGCUAAAUUUCGAUGUACUUAUCAACACUGGCAAAACCCAAUUAUCUAUCGACCUUCUUGCCUCACUUGAAUUCCAUAUCGGCGUCAACUUCACGCGUACAACUUUGCUACUUAUCAUAUUUCUAGUACAGUUUUUUUUCUUGUCCAUUCGCAGGUUUGAAGUUUCGUAGGACUCCAUAAAUCUCAACGCGUGUCAUUUACUGUACUUCAUUCCUUACCCCACCGCUCCUCGACUUUCAUUUUAAUGACCAAUUGUGAACC